CAGAUCCUCUCCGGUCAAUUUCCAAAAACAGUGACGAUGAUUGGGACAUCAAUUAAACGGCUCUCUCUCUCUCUUGAUUCACAGAAAUACAGAAUUGUCAUCACGCUAUCACUCUGAGCUCCAUCGAAAUUCUUACUCAAAAAUUUCAAUCCAGAAAAUGGUUGCUUUUGGGGUCUUCGCGAGGUCUUUGACCCAUCACUGCUUGAAAAGAUCGAAGCCCAAUCAACCAACGCUAAGCUUGAUAAUCUCUCGGAAUUUCACAUCCAAGUCCAGUACAUGGCAGUACCAGAGUCUCAGAACUCUCAUUUUGGAGACCGCCUCUUCCGAGUCAGUCCGAAUGAACAGACUCUCCGACUCUGAUUCCGGAAUUGUUGAGGUUAGAUUGGAGAGGCCAGGAGCCAAAAAUGCGAUUGGGAAGGACAUGUUGAGAGGCUUACAAGAGACCUUCGAAGCAAUUGAAAGGGAUUCCUCUGCUAAUGUUGUGCUGAUUAGCAGUUCAGUUCCAAGGGUAUUUUGUGCUGGGGCUGAUUUGAAGGAGCGCAAGACAAUGAAUCCCUCUGAGGUUCAUUUGUUUGUCAACUCGCUUCGAGCAACAUUCUCAUUUUUAGAGGCCCUUCGUCUUCCUACUAUCGCUGUUAUUGAAGGAGCAGCAUUGGGUGGUGGACUAGAAAUGGCUCUAUCAUGUGAUCUUCGGAUAUGUGGAGAAGAUGCAGUAUUAGGCUUGCCAGAAACGGGACUUGCUAUAAUCCCUGGGCUUCUUUUUGCAGUAAUACUAUUUAGUACAAAUCUCAUCCUGGCUUUCCACAGGGCAGGUGGGACGCAACGACUUCCUAGACUAGUUGGGAAAGCAGUAGCAAAGGAACUUAUAUUCACCGGUCGGAAGAUUGGUGGCAGAGAUGCAAUGUCCAUGGGUCUUGUGAAUUACUGUGUUCCCGCUGGAGAAGCUCAUCUAAAGGCAUUUGAAAUUGCUCGGGAUGUAAAUCAGAAGGGUCCAAUAGCGAUAAGGAUGGCUAAAAGAGCUAUCAACGAGGGAGUUGAGAUGGAUAUGGCAUCAGCUUUGGCUUUGGAAGAAGAGUGCUAUGAGCAGAUACUCCAUACAAAAGAUCGCCUGGAAGGCUUAACAGCAUUUGCUGAAAAGCGGAAGCCAAGGUAUACUGGUGAGUAAAAAAAGAAAGAGAUUUUUGCUUAUAACCUGCAUCAAGGAAUAACAGAGUUUUUGGGCCUUUGAGAGAAACCCACAUGUUAGAUAUGUUGAAGAAGGAAACUUUUACUGAAAAAGGAGACUUAGCCCAGAUUUGACAAUGGCUUGCAUUUUUUUCCCUAUGUAAGCACAUGUAGAUGCCGUAUGGUAACAAUUAUCAAGGAAUAAGACAGUUUUUUCUUCCUC